AAAAAGAUGCCAUUUUCGGACUGGCCUUUUUUGAUAGAACACCAAAACUGCCAACAUGAAGAUUAGGGAAGCUGGGAUGCAAAGGGACUUGCAACUCAGGGAAAAGCAUUCUCUUUAGCUAAAUAAUCGUUGAUCACAAUAGGCUGGUUGUUUACGGGUGGAAAGCCUAUGAAUAUGCUAGAACACCAACCGAAAACUGUGCUGAAGCCUGUUAAUAACAUACAAGAUUGUCUCUUGAAUUAAAUUGCCCAACAGACUCUGUGCAAAUUCCGCGACAUUCAGGGGACUUGCCAACAAGACGGGAUAGAAGGAGGGAGGAGACACUAAGGGAGAGUUAAGAAAGACAAAGAAAGGCCAGACCAAACAACAAAAGGUUGACUAGCCAUGGCCAGAGAAGAAGGUUGAAGCACACUUGCCACCACAGUGCCACAUACAUUGCAAGACGUUCUAGCAAGAGAACUGCCCGCACUAGAUGCAAGAGAACGAACAGGCAUUACAGGGGCAGUAAAGGUUUCAAUAAAUGAUGGAACAGUUAAUGGCAGAUUCAAGAAGAUGAAAACAGGCCUAACUGAAGAUGGUUCAGGGCCACAAUAAAAAAAGCAGCCAAUGGAGUAAGCAAAGAUGGCAACAUCAUUGGAAUAGGCCCCAAUGGCAACUGGAGGUCAUUGCACUGGUCAGAAAAUUUGGCUCAUUCCGCUGCCAAGGCAGCUUGGACUGUGGAGAGAUUGAAGAACCAGAGGAGGGACCAGCCUGCACUAGAACUGAUGAUUCUGCAACAGAGGUCGAUUUUUCACCUGACGAAAUAUGUGAGGCCUCAAACAGCUACGGCAUAAUUAACUGUUAUUUUGUAGAACAUGAAGUUGUAAUGGGUUGAAAAUGAAAUUGUGCCUGCACAAUGAUAACAAAACAAGUGAUUUAGCCACAGCAAAAGAGCUAAAAUGACUGCACCAGAAAGGCAAAGUGAGGAAAAUGAUUGACCUCAGUGAGAGCACCAAAAAAUGCUAUGGCUCUAAAGAUUGCCCCAUGCAGGAUUAAUGAUGGUAGUGGCUGGCCAGUAUUGUCUCAUGUUUAAACAUGCCUAAAAUUAGGCCAUUUCUGAGUUUCCUCAAGCCCCUGUAUCAAAGCGAAACUAAAUGCGAAGUUUAUUGAUAUAAAAAUUGAUAUUUUAUUCUCAUGCAAAUAAAACUCAUUUUCACAAAAAAGCUUUUGCACAUAGCCUCGUUUUGAAAAGAUAUAUUGUUCAACAGAUUUUGAGUCUUCCUUGCCAUGGACAUUCCGUAACCUUUGGUUUUUUAUUAGUAAGUAAAUAAACCUUUCAGUUGUGUACAUGGAUUAUUGUGUUUAAUAUUACUCAUAUUUGUCAUAAAUGUCAUUUUUGCAGGUCUGAGAAACCUAACACCAGAAGCAAGGUGGUUUUCUGGUUUGGGCAAAUUGCCAAAAAGCUUUUUCAUAAUUUAGAGUUCACUCAAAAGAAUCUAACUCUUGGUACACCUGAGAGGGUAUGUACAUUGUAACAAUCAUUAAAGCCUGGUUCCCACUUAAGUUAUGCACGUUUAUAAUUAGCGUAAGCCCGAGCACAAGCAUGAGGUUGCUUACAGCUCAAAUGUAUGCAAGCCUAAGAAAAGGCCAGGGAUCAGGUUUUCCCUUGCUAUGUACUUUUGUUCACGUUGUGCAUGUGAAAACAAAAUGCUGCUCAAGUGUAUGCAGCGUGUUGGGCAAUCUGUCAUGCUUGGCCAAUUGAUAUUAUGCCAUAAACACCUGAACCACCAGUAACCACCCAUGUAGAUCCUCAUCUGUUGACACACCACUUGUGAGGUAAUUAUUUUUAGUAGUAUAGUAGGGAUGAAAUUAGCCUUUUCUGCACAUGAAUCUCAUUAACUAGCACAGGGAAACAUUGAUGCCAAUGACCUCAUGGCCUUUUGUGGAUAGGUGUGUGAGGAUAGGUGGUUUAACUCAUUGAAAGGGUCUUCCAGUUAUUUCUAGGCAAGCCAGUAAUUGUCUUACUUUUUCAUUGGUUGACUAAAAAACAAGAAAAGUAUCCAUUUUUUAUCACCUUGUUAUAGGAAUAAGUACUAACUUGCCUGUGACUUAAAAUCACUGAGUCGUAACGUAAAUUAACGUUGCAAGCAAUCCUUUAUUAGUAAUAAUUUCAGUUUCCUAAGUAUUGUAGUUCUUUAUCGUUAAAACGUUUCUUUGUUCUCACUGUCAAGCAAGCAAGUUCUCUAGAGCUCCUAAGUAAGUGUUUUAUCUAUAAACAAGUUACCAAAAAUUUACAAUUGCAUGGGUGCAUUUAAGAGAGUCCAGACCCCUGAAUCUGUCACUGAUUUUCCGUAUGAUGAGGUUCUCCUGUUAUUUUAUGGUUACACUCAACAAUAUAUUCUAUUCUGACAUGAGAUUUCCUAAGGAAGGUCUUUUGCACAUUCUUCGAACAGAUAAAUGGAAAUAUUCUCUGUCCCGAUGCUUUGAAACAUUUAUUUGAUAAAUGCUGUGCAAAACUUGCGAAGAAAAGGCCUAAGUUGUCUGAUGUUGCCAAAACUCUUGAGGUGAGAGUAGUUUACUUUGGAGCAUGUAUUUAGUGGCAUUUACCCUUUUCUUUCCUGCCAAUCCAUUUAUUAAUUUGGAUCAAUUUGGUCAGUCAUAAAAUUGGACAUUGUAAUCUUUAAAAUAACUCAAGUGGUUGCCAAUCAGAGACAAAAAUGCUAUUUGCAAUAGGCAUGCUCUAGAUUAUGUUGAUGAUAUCUCAAAGACUAUGCAGGUCUAUAUGUGAGGUCAACCGGUACGUCUAUAAAAUAAUGUCCAAUUAAUGUCUUAAAUUCAAAAGAGAAACUUAAGGAGGCAAAACCUUCAAUGUCACUAGUGCAAGAUUGUGGAAUCGUAUUCCUGUAGAAAUAAGGGAAUAGAAAUUGUUAGUUCUUUUAAGCCCGGGGGGGACUCCGCAUAUAAAAGGGGUGGGGAUGCUCUUCGUCUCGCUUAGGGGUGAAAAUUUCGGAUUUUGGUCUCAUUUAGGGUGUUCUGGGCAAAACGCCAUCAUAUUUAGCCCGUGAAGGUCUCGUUUAGGGUUGCACACGAAAAAAUAUAAAAAUAUAUAUUUGAUAUAUAUUUUUUUAAUUCGUUUUAUUUACUCCAUUCAUAUAAUCCAGGUUUUCUCAUUUGUCUGUGUUUUAACAUGGUCUCUUUUAAGGGUCAAAAAAAGCUUGGGCCACGCCCAGAUCGGUCUCCUUUAGGGGUUUAAUUCAAAAUUUCCAACGAGCAUCCCCACCCCUUUCAUAUUCGGAGUCCCCCCGGGCUUUUAAGACUGUAUUUUGUAUUAGUUUUUGCACAAAUAUAUGAAAUUGAUUAUUCAUCUACAGUCAUGUAGUUUUCAUAUUGUUUAGUAUUUAAUAUUUAAACCUUAGUAGUAUUAUGCUGUUAGUAAUAACCUGAAAUGUUUGCUAAUGAAAUUUUAACUAUGUUCUCGGCAGGAUUUUACACUUCCUAAACUUCUUGUUACUUCAGACUUCAAAGGGCAAUCUCCAUCUCAACUUACCUGCAAAAAGGGUGAAAUUAUCUUGCUGAUCUCCAAGACAGUUCAAGGGUACGUCACUCAUACUGACUGUUAACCAUUAAUAUCAUUAUCUAAAUCAAGACUUUGGAAGGUACUCAUUAGUGAGCUAUCAAGCCAUCUGGGAGCUGGUCACUUGUGAGUUCAGGAUGUAACCCUUGAGGAUGGAAGUACGAAAGUGAAUAGUAAUGUGACAUUUUUACUAUUUGAACUGCGGGAAAAACAUUUAACUUGUGAAAGAUCAUUGUAGUUUAGUAAAAAAGCAGUUGUGGAAAGAAAGCCGACAGUUCUACUUCAUAUAGAUAAAAUUCGAACUCUUACUGCCUCAUGCACAAGACAAAAGCGAAAAAUGCCACUGAAACUUAAAAUUUAAACAAACACCACUUACUUGAAAGCUGUAGUACCUGUUAGUAGACUGUCUAAUGCUUCAUGGUUUAAACCUUUUUUUGGAGCAGGAAAAAGAGAGAAACUGGAAAACUAUGGUUUGGAGAAAAGAAAAAUGGUUACUUUGGUUUAUUUGAUCCCUCAAAUACUGAAAAUUAUGCUGGUGAGAACUUGGAAUGUCUUGUGUUCUUUCACUUAGUACAGUAGACUGUAAAACGUUUUAGGGCCUUCUCUGGGACCCGUUUCUCGGAAGGCCCGGUAAAUUUUCGGACACGAAGGCAAAUUUCAAAUUUUAAAAUGAAAAACUGUUGAAUUAGUAGCACAGUUCCUAGCUCACAAACCAGUCAAUUCAGCUUCGUUAAUUCAAAAUUUUGAAGGUUUAAUCUUGAAUGCAAAAUGGCAAACAUAAAACAGCUUUCCGGGUCCGAAGAGGUAUCGGGACUUUCGAGAAACGGGCCAAACAGGUUGAUCCAGGCAUGAGUUCGUGAGGUCUGUACUUAACACUAAGUGUCAGCACAAAGGCAUCAUUACAAUGCUGGAUUACUUUUACCAGGGUUGUCACUAAGAUUUCAAGUUGCCGGGUAAAUACAACAAGUAGGCGGGUAAAUACAAUAAGUAGGCGGGGAAUCAAACGGCUAGGGAUUUAUUUUGGUUCUAUUUUUCUCCAAUAAAAGUAGCCGGGGAAAAUCCCCGGCCCCCGGCUCUUAAUGACAACCCUGUUUUACAUUUAAAUAACUUUAGCUCAGUCUACAGUUGCUUGACACACAAGAAAAAUGCUAGCUUUCUUUAACAAAAAUGAUUGUUUUAUUAUUCUUUAAAUCAUGUAUGCGUACCUCUGUGCUUGGCCUCAAUGAAAAGUUUCCGUCUUAAAACAUCUGCCUUUUCCUUGACACUUUCAGGAUAUUCUUCAUUUAGCAGUUGUUAUCCGUCGAGUGAUAUUUUUGUCUUUUGUUACUAUAAUCUUGAGACAGCAGUUCGGCUAUUUCGUCUUCGCAUAACGUGUGAAAUCUUCCGCCAUUUUCUGUGUACUGCCAAAACAGUUCAGAGUCACCGGGCUGCUUUUUUGCGCGGUGCCUGUGCUUCCCUUUUUCAGUUGAUGGCCACGAUUGACGAAAAUCGUGAAUUAACGGCACAUUUCGUCCAACUUUGUCCAAUGCUAGUUGGUUUCGAAGAAUUAGCCGUGGGAUUUAAGCCAAUCAGAAGCGGAGACAAAACAAAUGGUCUCACUAUCAAUCCCUGCGCCUUGGACGUGUCAUCUUUGUUAGGGUUCACCCCUUUCCAAUUAUCUAAAACUACUGCUGCAGCCUAGUACUACUUUGCUUUGUUAAGACAGGACUUUAAAUGCAUACGUUCAACAGAUUUGUCAUUUAUUGGUGCGGCCGACUCGCCUGAACGCGCUUCCCUCCCCCUCCGCCCCCCACCCCCAAAUUUUGCAUAACUAUUGUUUCCAAUUUCUCCGGGGUGUAACAGUCGUCCCAAGAGAAAUCGAAGACAAUGGUUGUGGAUUUCUUUUUUGGGAGGGGGGGGGGGGGGGGAGUGGUAAACAAGGUGCGUUAUGGCCUAUGUGAAAUGGUGAAUAAGGGAGCUUGCAGAGUGACUAGAUAUCGAUAAUAAUGACCUUUAAGAGCGAAACCUAUGACUGUUUUAUCCUAAGAGUUUAGGAAGGUCCCCAUGGAGCUUGUCGUUUGAAAUGCUGCUCCCAACUAAAGACACUAAAGCCAAAUUCAUCCGGGUGUAUGUGCAGUUACCGUGUCAUGGCCGUAGCGAGUGUCAUUCUUUUACACUCAUAAAGUAGAACAGUCAUUUCGCCCCUAUAAUUAAGGAACUUCCGAGGUCAGUAUGUUUGUCCUCCAUUGACAGGAUUGUGUGUAUUUAAAUAUUCAUAUGUGAUUUUGUUCUAUGAAGCUGGAGCAGACGACAACAGCUGGGAUACAGCAAAUACAGAUGAGGAGGAAGAAACUGCCUCUGUGUCAACAGAAACAGAAUCAGAACAAGAUUCAACAGGUAUAAAAUCAGUACUUAGACUUUCUACUUAGCAGUUCCUCCAUCUUCUCAGGAAAGUGCUGAGUAGAAGGACUGGAAGGUGUUUGGAGACUGAAUAAUUAAACCCGGUCGAGACUUCCGCUCUAUUGCAACACUAGUAGUAUAGUGGGGACCGAAUUAUCCUUUGUUUUGCGCCGAAAUCUCGUUAACGGAUAGUUCAGGUCCCUAAUAUACUACUAACACCUUUCUCAUUUAACAAAUUAGCCAUUACAGACGUCAGUCUUACAAGCCGAUCUACUUGAUGAUUAACAGUGGUACAUUACUGGUUUCUGAGGGAAUUCGUGGGUUGUUGGUGGUUCUCGUCCUCGCUCCGGGAAGUUUCUCUCCCGCUGCAAAAGUUUUCCCCUCACCUUAGGGAUAUACUAUACCAUAUAUCUUCAGAUCAGGUAUAUGGUAGAAAAAGAGCCAGACAGUGGAUCUGCUGUCACUAAAUCAUUAUUGACUUUUUAUACUCAACUUUGGAAUUAACGUGUCCCUUUAAAUGUCCUUUUGAUUUUCUCUAUUAGUUCCCCCAGAGAUUCAAGCUCGUGGAAUCGAGGCUGAGCAUGCUUUUCAGCGAGCCUUGAAAAAAGGCAAAGUUAGGGUGUAUCGCGGGCGCGUUAUGUUGAUUGGACAAAACAGAGCGGGAAAAACGAGUUUAAAGAAGUCACUUCUAGGAAUUUCCUUUGAUCCCGGUGAGCCAAGCACCGACGGAAUAGAAGUAGAUCCAUCGAAAUUUGAGGUGGACGUGGACAGAGUCAUGAACUGGCAGCUUGUUAAGAACGAGAAGUUUACUUCUGAGUUUGCCGAUGAUAUUGCCAGGCUUGUUGUGGGAGAGUUACAAAAGCCUGAGGAUCAAGAGGAAAAGCCAGCCUCGAUUACUGUAACAGAGACUAUGCAAUGUGAUGUCACUCAAGGAGCGGCAGUCGUACCACAGGCUAACCAGCAGGUAUAGUUUAAGAAAAUAGUUGCUGUAGGUUAGAUAUUAAAAUUAAGGUGUGCAAAAGUAAAGGAGCAAACGGGGUGUGACUUUCUUCUUGUGGAGCAAGAUGUUUUAAGGUGGCUCGACUGGAUUUUUUUUAGGGCGAUACCUCCCAAGUUUGAGCCUUAACUACGUCGGCAUGAGUAAAGAUAUCGAAAAAAGGUUACCACAACUGUAUUACAUAAAGAUGAAAGUUUCUUAUGAUCUGGGUUUUAUUGCAAUCGGAGUCGCCAUGGCAACGUAAUGACGCCAUUACGUUUUUCCUUUAUCCUUGUGUUUCUCUGUACCAGGAGUUUUUUGAAGAAAUCGCUUAAGGGAGUAUGUACCUGCCAUAAUUGCCUCCAUUAUGGCAAAGUUUGAAGAAAUUCUAUGAGAGCGUUUUCGAAAUACUGUGAAAGGUAGUUUUAAGAAUCAUAAAAACAGUGAAAUAGCAUGCUAGCCGCUCAAUUCGCCUAUAUAUUAAGAAAAUGAUAAGCUUUGGGAACGCGGCUUCAUCUCAUAGUGGUUUGAUUCCAUUGAAAACUGCAUACAAAAAGAGAGGGGAAUUGCUCUGGGCGAUCGCGAGUAAGAAGGAUUUUAUUAACUUGCAUUCAGCUGCUUUUGAUACAGUUUUUGGAGGUAAUUUGGUCCAUGCCUAAAAAUGUCGCAUUUUUCCAAAAACUGCUCGAUAAAUUUUUUUACAAAUUCGAUAAUUCCGAGAUCAAUCGUCAAGAAAUAUUCCCUGCAAGUUUUAAGAACAUUGAAAACAGGGAAGGCUUUUAAAUAGGGCCUCAAAUAUAGCCAAUUUUCCCCCCAGAUUUAGUGUUUACGAGCGAGCCUCCUCAUUAUUCACUGGCAUUGUUUUCAAGUUUCAUAUACACGUGCACAUUUAGCAAAAAGAUAGAAUUUGCAUCAAAAAGGACCCUCAGUUAAAUCUCUGGGAUAUGCUAAUUACCGGGUAAAGAGGUUAGUGACACAUUAUAACAUCAGGGCAACUCUUUGUGAGAGUUUCUGUGAUGUUAUAACCCGAGUAAGAUAAUUAAGUAUUGCAUCCUACACGAUGAGCCGUGACGUUCACCGUUUCGGCUCUCACUGCUAUCUGUGACGACAAGCCAAUUAUUAGCAUAUACCGGAUAUUUCUUCGGAAAGUAAUCGAGAGUUCUUUUUGAUGCAAAUUUAUAUUUUUUGCUAGUUGUGCACGUGCAUAUGAAACUUGAAAACAAUGCCAGUGAAUAAUGAGGAUGCUCACUUGUAAACACAAAAUCUGGGGGGAAAAUUGCUUAUGUUUGAGUCCCUACUUAAAAGCCUUCCCUGUUUUCAAUAUCCUUGAAACUUGCAGGGAAUAUUUCUCGACGAUUGAUCUCGGGAUUGUCGAAUUUAUAAAAAAAUUUAUCGAGCGGUUUUUGGAAAAAUGCGAAAUUCUUAGGCAUGGACCAAAUUACCUUCAAAAACUGUAUCAAAAGCAGCUGAAUGCAAGUUAAUAAAAUUCUUCUUACUCGCGAUCGCCCAGAGCAAUUCCCCUCUUUUUUUGUAUGCAGUUUUCAAUGGAAUCAAACCACUAUGAGACGAAGCCGCGUUCCCAAAGCUUAUCAUUUUCUUAAUAUAUUAGCGACUUGAGCGGCUGGCAUGCUAUUUCACUGCUUUGAUGAUUCUUAAAACUGCAUUUCGAAAUAUUUCGAAAACGUUCCCAUAGAAUUUCUUCAAAGUUUGCCAUAAUGGACGCAAUUAUGGCAGGUACAUACUCCCUUAAGCGAUUUCUUCAAAAAACUCCUGGUACAGAGAAACACAAGGAUAAAUGGCGUCAUUACGUUGCCAUGGCGACUCCGAUUGCAAUAAAACCCAGAUCAUAAGAAAUUUUCAUCUUUAUGUAAUACAGUUGUGGUAACCUUUUUUCGAUAUCUUUACUCAUGCCGACGUAGUUAAUGCUCAAACUUGGGAGGUAUCGCCCUAAAAAAAUCCAGUCGAGCCACCUUAAAAAACAUCAGUUUUCAUUUGACUUUCAAUACCUGAAUCCUGCAGUGUCGUGUCAGACAGUACUAAAACAGGCUACGAAACAGGCAACAAAAACGUUCAACUGUCUUGUUGUGCAAAGCAAGUGGAAAAGCGUUGUUGCCCGUUUCACCACCCAAGAAUUAACACUAUCUUGCAGCAAAUAAACUUGUUGUAGGUUGCAAAAAGGUGUUGCACAAAGGUUAUUACAUCCGCCCUUUUAUCUUGCCCACAGAAACUAGAUUAAAAAUGAACAUUACUUCUCGCAGGUUCCUUUGAGGUCCUCUCUGCCAAAAUCCAUUCUUUCUCACUGAUGUAUUUUUCGCUUACAACUCCAGGUGGUUUCUGUACCCAUACCAAUGGAUGAGCCUGCGGAGUCCUCGACGGAUCUACUACCAGAUGAUAUCCCUGAUCUACUUCCUGAUCCAGAGUUUCAUUUAGAAAUCGAUACCUCGGGGGGUGUCCCAGAGGACGUCAAGGUCCUGGUGGCUAAAUACCUACAGAGACAGCAGAGUGUACAAGAGACAAGCGACAGGGAGACUGUGGUGACAAUGUGGGACUUUGCGGGCCAACAUCUUUACUACGCCUCGCAUCCCGUGUUUUUGUCACCGCGAGCAAUUUACGUGUUAGUUUAUAACAUGAGCAAGGACCUCAGCGCUAAAAUGGAGCCUUGUGUUCGUCAGGGGGUGCAUGACUUUAUUCCCUACUCGAGUGGGGACGAAACAAACUUGGACAGCAUUCUGUCCUGGCUUGUUUCGGUUCACAAUCUAAGCCCCAAUGGAGAAGCGAAAGAUGAGGAAAUGCCAUAUUUGAGGCCCCCGGUGAUCAUUGUGGGUACUCAUGCAGACAAAUCAUUUGAGGACCCCCAGCAAAUGGAGAGCAAGAUCAAAAGAAACCUGUCUGGUAAAACAUAUGAACAGCACGUCCGACGACCCUUUUACUGCGUGGACAACACGCACGCUGCAGAGGAUGACGGUGUUACAAAGCUUCGCCAGGAAAUAAGAGAGGUAAAUCGGCACUUUUUUUAUCUACUACUUCUCCUUCAUCUGUCUUACUCUGUUACAAAAGAAUUACAGAAUUCUUUUUUGGCCCUUCAGGCAAAGCUUUGUGGCGCUACGUUUUUUGAGAAAGCAUGAUGAUUUAUAGCUCUAAACUGGCGAACUUGACGACUGGUGUAGGCAUAUGUUGAUCUAUUGAGCUAGCGGGGCUUCUUUUGUGCGAAGUUGUUCUCGCCCCUGGUAUUUCGCUUAGUUGGCUUGUUAAUGCCAGAAGCGCAAACAUCCUCGUGCAUUCUAAAAACCUAACCAGAAAUAAUCGCUCUGCUAGGAGGGUAAUGUUGAACACGUGAACAUUGCCCAGAUAUUGUGUAAAGAUUUCCAGCACAACAUCAGCCGUACUGAUCAGGAAAAAUCGAAAUUUAAAGGGUUAUACGAUCACGUAACAGGUCUCGAUGUGACAGUAUUACUUUGUCACGUUUAGUGGUGGAUGGUUUUUCAAAUAUUUCAUUUUAUCAUCUCAGGUUUUGCGACUGGAGCCAUAUAUGGGAGAGGAUGUACCUGUUCGCUGGUUCAACUUUGAGAAAGUCGUUGAAGCUCUAGUUCAACAGAAGAUAUUUUACUUAAAAGUUUCCCAGCUGUACAACAUUGUACGAAAGAAGUGUUACAUCGAGGAUGAGGCUGAGAUGGUUGCCAUGUUGGAUUUUUACCAUGACCUUGGUAUAAUCAUCUGGCACGGUGAUACUGUGGUGCUACAGACACAGUGGUUGAUUCAUUUGUUUAAGAAGCUCAUCACUAUUCGACCUUUUGACGAACAGGUAUUGCCUGCGAGGUGACAUUUGAUAUCGCGUCGUUAUUGGUGUCUGAUAUUGCCUUCACGAACCAAGUUAUUGGGCUUAAUUUACUGAUUCUUUGGACUUCAGAAAAGAACUGGUAGCCCUAUUUUGAAGUUUCAAAUCGUUCUUUCCAGGCAAAGGUUUUGGUGACUCCACAACGAUCAAGAUUUUAAUUUAUGCAUGUAUAUUGUUUGUUUGUUUGUUUUUUGCUUUAGAAUCCACGCCACGCAGCAGCCUGGAGCCGACUGGAGGAAACUGGCCUUUUGAGCAUGCGUUUAGUAGACCACGUGUUUGCAGAGUUCCUGUGCGAUGGCCAAUCACAGACCGACAUUUUAUGCAUGAUGGAAAUGUACGGAUUGAUCGCAAAAUUUACGCCCGAAGACUCUAAAAAAGCUCCUACACCGGCAGCUGUGAAAUACUUUGUACCAGCGCAACUUUGCUCGUGUCCGGUGACCGAUCUCGACACCAGUCCCACUGACAUCUGUCCCCUGUUCAUCAACUUCUCUGAUGGUUUUCUCCCUCAAGGGCUGUUUCCUCAGCUUGUUUCUCGCUUCAUCUCAGCCUGCCCCACACUCGGCUGCAGAGACGAACCAAACUUGUUUCAAAACUUAGUCAGGUUCAUUUUGGGCGAGAGUGACCUGUUCUUGAUUUGCAAGCAAUCAUACGUCAAGGUGAUUCUUCAGAACAAAGAACAAGAUGUUGGUCUGGCCUCGCAGGUUCGAGAGCUUCUGGAAUCGAUUUUGUGCAGUUUGUCACGUGACUUUGCAUGCCUGCGUAACAUGCGUUUCCAAUUUUGCGUGACAUGCCCGUCGUGUUGUGACUCGAACAAAGUGUGCACGAAACACAAAGUACAAUCUUGCGCAUUCAUCGACUGCAUCCAUUUUCUGCCCAUUUCAGACGACGGAAAACUGAUUUGUAAAAGGACGUUUGGUGCUCGUUCGUGUGUGACAAUUUCUGGCUUGGAGGAGUGGCGUGGUUUUUCCAAAAAGGUAAUUGUUUUAAUGACAUACCAAAUAAUCUUAGGAAAUGCGUCGAAACGGGUGAAGGAAAAAGGGAGAAGGGACUGGAGAGAGAGGAAAAGGCACAUCCCCCCAUUUUUUUCACUUUUGCGUUCUUUACCUUUUAUCCUUUCUUAUUUUCGUGGGCCACGCAGGAAAUAAAAAAAUGAAAUUCAGGGUUUAAUUCAGGGUCCGGUCCAGAAACUUAACAACUUCGUAACGCCAUACUGAGGCAAAAAUUACGGAAGAUAAAAACGAAACCACUAUGUGGCCCUCCUGGGCUUCCGUAAAAAAGAAUAUACAAUAUUCUUUUCUGUUCCUGACGAAAAUUUGCGAUAAGGGUAGGUAUUUGAGUCCCUAUUGUCUUUGAUACCUAUCGGUCAGAAUUUCAUUUCAGAGGCAGGUGACUUUAAUAGGCUCCAGUUUUCCUUCAGAAAUUAAGGUCCUUUCGCGCAAAUAGUUCCGGAUAGAAUGGAACGGAAGAAUUCUGUCUCGUAACCUUUGAAGAGAUAUAUUUUUUUUGUCUUUCCUAGGCAAACGAUCUAGAUCUUCUAGAUGCUGCGAAACACGAAAAAAGUGGAGGUGAGUUUAGUAUCAGGUUAACUAAUAUUUCACUUUUUUCGCAUCCGCAAUGCAUGAAUCAUCGCUUGAUUUUUGUGAAAGGGACCAAAGGGAGUUGUUGCGUGUUCUCAGGCUAAAACUUGGAGGUAUAUCCACCAAAUCACACCAGGUUACAUGUCUCGGAUAAUGGCUUAAAAGAAUGAUUUAGGUAAAAGGCAAAACCAUGUUCGUUGUAGAGCAUAUCCGUCGGAUCUUAAAAGAGCUACUGACCGGCCGACCCUCAUGAGUGCUUCAAUAUUACCCAGACGGGGACGAAACCCCUCAUUUACACAGGUGUCUCUGUCCUAUGUACAUUUAACGUGUAACGUUUACGACUCACUUUCGGCUCUAUGGGAGGUUUUGCAUGUGCUCUCUCUAUCCGAGAUAAUCCUCUCAGCAUAUUUAUAUCCUUUCUACAGAAAACAUGAAUAUCACUUUAGAGCCCGCGGUCCCUCCAGAGGUGUUCAUCUCGUACCAAUGGGAUCAUCAGGACACGGUCAAGUUACUGAAGAACAAACUUGAGGAGGCCGGGUUCCAUUGCUGGUUGGACAUUGGUCGGAUGGGUGGAGGGGACUCCUUGUACGCCGAGAUUGAUGCUGGAAUCAGAGCUUCAAAGGUUAGUAGUUGCCUAGUAACGUAAUUCGCCACUUUAGAAAAAAAAGGGAGCUGGACCGAGUUAACUGUCGCAAAAAUUUCUGGGAUCGUUACUGGGGACGCUCCGGUCAGCUAUUGGCUAAUUUUUUUUCCUGCCCCCAGUCCAGCCAUCUGUUUUAAUUUUCAGUAGGAAAGGUUCUUCUCUGGGAUGUACUUUGCUCUUGAAACUGAUUUUGUCGAAUUGAGGUAACGAAGAUAAUUUCACCCCUCCCGUAAUUAUCUCGAUGAUGUGGCUCGCUGUAUAAUCGGUAAUUUAAUUCAUAUAUUCAUCAUUUCAUUUCCUGUUAUAAGUUACGCUCCAGUAUAAUGACCAGCUUCCAGUUGGCUUGUUAGCUCAAUUGGUUGGAGCGCUCCACCGGUAUCACCGAGGUCCAGGGUUCGAAUCCCGGAAAGCCUGAUUUUUUUCAGGCUUUCCUUUAGCAAGUAAAACGUUGCAUCUCCUUCUCUUCAUUUAUUUCUUCAUCCCUCGGUUCAGAUGUAUGAAAUUCAUUAUUAUUCCUCAUUUCAGUUAUAUUCAUGUCCCUUAAUAGCAAACCUCAGAGGGAAUUUAGUUUACAAGGCCCUGAUUUGCAUAUUUUCCUGAUUUUGCAUAUUUACUACUACUUUUGAAAUGUUUUUUUUAACAGGUCGUAAUUUGCUGUGUAACAAGACGCUAUUGCAAAUCUGAAAUGUGCCAGAGGGAAGUGACAUUGGCUGACAACUUAAGGAAGCCAAUCAUACCCUUGUUAUUCGAGUUCAUCGACUGGCCGCCUGCAGGACAACUGGCCUUAAUUUUUACCAAGCUGCUGUAUAUAGAUAUGUCCCUUACACCUGGUAACUUUCCAGACAACAAGUUACAAGAGCUGUUUCUUAAAGUUAGAAACUACGUUGAACCUCGAUGAUUCCAACGAACUGUUGCCUUCGUUACUUUCUGAAAGUGUAACUUUCUCAG